GCAGCAUCCUUACCACCCGCAGCAGCAGCAGCAGCAGCAGCAGCGGACCCGGGCGGCCUCGGGCGGGGCCGGCCGGACGGACAGACGGACACAGGGCGCCGGGGCGCGCGUCCCGCCCGGGCCGGCCAUGGAGGGUGCCUCGUUCGGCGCGGGCCGCGCGGGGGCCGCCCUGGACCCCGUGAGCUUCGCGCGGCGGCCCCAGACCCUGCUGCGGGUCGCGUCCUGGGUGUUCUCCAUCGCCGUCUUCGGGCCCAUCAUCAACGAGGGCUACGUGAACGCCGACAGCGGCCCCGAGCUGCGCUGCGUCUUCAACGGGAACGCGGGCGCCUGCCGCUUCGGCGUCGCGCUCGGCCUGGGGGCCUUCCUGGCCUGCGCCGCCUUCCUGCUGCUCGACGUGCGCUUCCAGCAGAUCAGCAGCGUCCGCGACCGCCGGCGCGCCGUGCUGCUGGACCUGGGCUUCUCAGGGCUCUGGUCCUUCCUGUGGUUCGUGGGCUUCUGCUUCCUCGCCAACCAGUGGCAGCGCACGGCGCCCGGGCCCGGCACGGCGCAGGCCGGGGACGCGGCGCGGGCCGCCAUCGCCUUCAGCUUCUUCUCGGUCCUCAGCUGGGUGGCGCUCACCGUGAAGGCCCUGCAGCGGUUCCGCCUGGGCACCGACAUGUCACUCUUCGCCACCGAACAGCUGAGCGCUGGGGCGGGCCAGGCCUACCCUGGCUACCCGGUGGGCAGCGGCGUGGAGGGCACCGAGACCUACCAGAGCCCACCCUUCACCGAGACCCUGGACACCAGCCCCAAAGGGUACCAGGUGCCCGCCUACUAGUGGCUGGCAGGCCCAGACCGGGGCUCAAAGGCCACUCCACCAACACAGGCCCCAAGGCCUCCCGGGCCCUCCCUUGGGUCCUUCCAGUCCCGCACCAGGGACAGAGAGGGUGGCCACUGUGGGCUGUUCAGGGCCAAGAGGGGCUAGUCCCUCAAGUGCCUGGGCUGUCCCCCUGCAACUCCCCUCAGUCCCCUCAGCACCUGGCCUCAGGCCUGAGGUCCUGAGGAGGGGACAGCACAGCCCAGGGUAUGUGCCCCCAGCCAGGGUGGGCCGGCCUGGGGGAGGUGUUCCCCUCAGGGGCCAGACAACCUGGGGCUCACCUGUCCACUCUGGGCUCAGGAAUCCAGCUGCCCCUACGACCAGGUGCAGGGAUUGUCCAGGACCGGGUACAAGGACACCCCCUACCGCGGCUGGGGACCCUGGCUGUUCCCCGUCCCAUGUCCCUGAGGGUAGUGGCUGUCCUUGCUCCUGUCAUGAUGGUUCGUCCCGUCCAGACCCUGCCUCCAUUCCCUCUCGCAGGCUCGGUAGAGCAGCCCGGCCCUGUCGAUGUUGUGAUUGUGGUCAAGUCUUCAGGUUCCGCCUCAUAGUGCCCCACAAGCCGCCCCUCCGUCUGUGGCCCAGCCCCCGCCCCCGCCUGCCUUUGCCUGGGCCCAGGUGUCCGUAGUUCCGGCCAGGAAGGCAAAAGGUAGCUGUGGGCCUGGGCACCAGCCCUGUCCCAGCCCUUUGGUGAGACCUUGCCCAGGGAAGGAACAGGACACCUGGGUGCCAGGCAAGACAAGCCCCUCACCAGGAGAGAGGCCAAGAGGUUCCAUCUGCCCGCUGUGCCCUGGACACGUCCAUUCUGUGCUGUUCCCUUACCUGGCAUCCUGGACCAGCCCCUCCCUCCCCUUGUGCACCCUGUUUUCCGGCCCAGCCCCAGGCGGGGGUCCCUCUGCGUAGCUGAUUACCCAUGCAUCGCUCGAAGCUGGCUUUUCACAUUAGGUCGAUACCAAACGCGGUUGCCACAUUUCAUCUUAAGACAGAUGCCUCCCUCUGGAGUUGCAGUUGAGUGACAACCCUGUACAUUGUUGCAUAGACCAAUUCUGUGUGGAUAUUUAAGUGAACAUGUUUACAAUUUUUGUAUAUAUAGAUCUCUCCCUAUUCUGAAAGAACAAUCGGUGAUUGUGUAUUUUCAGUGUCCCAUGUUCCAGCUGCAACUUCUUUACAAUAAAGACUGUAAACAAGUUGACCGUGA